AUUUGGAAUAAGGCGAAUGAGUCACACAGGGAUUCAACAAGAUCCGCAUCUCCAUACAGCCAUAGAAGUUAUUGAUCGCAGGUGUCGUAUUCAUACGUUUAGACUAUUUCUCGGCAACGAAAUCACGUACAGCGCAGUCACUACACACGUCCAUUAUCAGCAUCAUGUCAUUCAAGGACUUCCCGUUCUUGACCCCGGACGAGUUUUCCGAGGUGUGUCAUCACUUCGAUAGCCAAUAUUGCCGUGCUACGCUAGGUUCACUACGGCAACGGUUCAAGUUGAGAGUAUGCACCGCACUCGACACAUCGUUUGCGUCUGGCGUCGAAUACACAACGUACUUGCAAAUCAUCCGGCCGCUUGAGGCCACGCUGGAUUACGGGGAUCUCUCCUCAGUUUUGGACAAGUUUUCUUUCGUAGAAGGCAGUUCGGAAGGAGACGCACUUGGGCUGGGCGAUGAGGCUAUGAUUGAUGCAGAGGAAUCUGACGAGGCUGCUCUCUCCAAACCCCUGGCACCGGACUCCGGAUACGUCGUCUAUGAAGUGCACCUACAUCCCACGUAUCGCAUGCCGUGCUUAUGGUUUACAUUACACGGGCUGCCAGCCGAUGAGCCGCCCUUCAAUCUCGACACUGUCUUUCGACGGCUGGUUCCCGAUCAGUUCAAGGAUGCCCUGCGGAGGACAAGUGGCAUCGGAGGCAUCUCUGGCGACCACCACCCCCUCACGGGACUACCCUCGUUUUUCAUCCACCCAUGCCUUCUUGGGGACGCCAUGUCGGGCUUCAACUGUUCCAGGGAACAGUAUAUGAUGCUAUGGCUCGGCCUGGUCGGCGGAUGCGUGGGGCUCUGGGUGCCUAAAGAGAUGGCCAUGGAGUCGUCCGGCUAAAGCACGCCGCCCUCGGCCUCCCUUCACCUCGCCACUGAAUGAACUCGUUCGCAAGACCCUCAAGAGGAUCAGUCGUCGUCGCUGUCC